GCCCUCCUGGGCUUGGCACACGUUCCCUGUCAGCCCGGCAGAGGCAGGGCAGCCUGGGGUUUUGCCCAGAGGGAAUGAAGCCUGGCGGGGCCCCCUCCUUGCCCAGCGCCAUCCCGGGCUGGGCUGCGGGGAGCGCGGCUGGGAAGCGCUGCCUCGGGGGAAAGAAAUACCCCUGGCUUAGGGCACGGCCAGGAGAAACCCUGCGGGGAGGGAGGCGAGAAAACAGCCUGGGAGGUCGGGAGGGAGAGGAACCGCGCCGCCUUUGGGCGUUUUUGGCAAGGUGAAACGCAACCUUUUCGCCCACCUCCGUGCUCCGGCAGCCCGGGGAAUGCAGGCACAGCUCCAGCUGCUCUCCCCCCCCCGAGGGGCCGGCGGGGCGGCUCGGGGCGAGCGGCAGCCGGGGGAAGCGGCCGGACUGCGGGAAAGUUGCGUGGUGCUCGUUUCGCAGCUCCUGGGGACCCUGCCGGGGCUCUCGGAGCGCCCGGGCACCUCCUCCCACCCUCCUGCCCCCCUUCCUUCCCUCCCUCCCCGGUCGGGCUCCCCGCGGGACUCCCCAGUCUGCCAGAAGCGUCGCCCGAGCACUUCCCCUUUUCGGGUUUUGUGGCCUUUGGGUGUUUGGGGGAUUGUUUUUUUAUUUAUUUUUUUUUUCUCUCUCUCUCUGUCGGUGAGAGUGCGGCCGAGCUGGGCGAGGGGAAGGAAACUUUCUCCCCCCCUCCCCCAGGAUGCUCCGGAUAUUUUUGAAAGGGCGGAAGAGUGAGAAAGGGAGCAGCGUCUGUAAGGGCAUCUCAUGCUUUUGCGAAGGUCCCCCCUGACACCUCGCUGCUGGGAUUAAAGACCGGAGCUGGAGAAACUCCUCCCCUUCCCUCGGCUUCUUUCUCCCCCCCUCCUCUUGCUUCCCCCCACCCCCCCAAAUUUCCUAAGGCUAUUAGGAAGGGGGGGAAAAAAAGACAGAAAAGAAAAAAGAAAACAAGAAGCCUGGAAUAACUGCGGCCCGUGGGACAGUGGGGAGAGGUGGAAGAGGAGCCUCCCUCUCCAGAUCCAUCGCUCAGCGCCACGCUUGGGUGAAGGCAUGGGAAGCACUGCCAUGGACAAGAAGAAAGAUGCCUCCAGCAGCAGCAGCAGCAGGAAAAGCUCCAGCCACAAGAAACUCAUGCUGCGAGUGCACAUCCCCGCAGGUCACCAGAGUCCCAAAGUUGCAGCAGCUGAAGCCUCUGGAGAGCCGUGUGUUCCCUGAGCCCUGGGGAGAGCUGAGGAGGAGCCUGUGCUGCCAAGGGAGCUCACCGUGGGAACUGUGCUUGGAACCUGCAAGGAUGGUGACAAAUCCAUUCAGAACUCCCCAAUGAGGGCCUGAUUUUUCUAAUUGUGAUAAAAGAAAUCAGCCAGGUGGCUCAGACAGGAUCUCAGCUCAUUUGCCAUGCCAUUCCUGGACGGUGAUGUGGAGAGCACGGACAAAAAUGCUUCUCGCAAGGUGGAUGAAAGCUACUCGGCCGGCAGUCCUUCCAAAGGCCUUUUCUCCAAGGGGCUCCAGAACCGACCUUCCAGCCCCGUUUCUGCCCCUGUGAGAUCCAAGCACAGCCCUGGCUCACCCAAAACAGUGUUCCCCUUCCCCUACCAGGAGUCUCCCCCACGCUCCCCACGCCGAAUGAGCUUCAGUGGCAUCUUCAGGUCCUCCUCCAAAGAGUCUUCCCCCAAUUCUAACCCGUCUACCUCUCCUGGGGGCAUCAAGUUUUUCUCCAGAUCAAGAAAAACUUCUGGCCUCUCCUCUUCUCCAUCUACCCCAACACAAGUGACCAAGCAGCCCACGUUUCCUCUUGAAUCCUACAAGCAUGAGCCUGAGAGACCAGAAACAAGAAUUCACUGUUCCUCACCUCCAGACACGGGGCAGAGAUUUUCUCUGCCUCCAUCACAAAGUGCAGCCAAGCCUCCCAUCGUGACAGCAGCUCCCUGUGCUACCUCAAAACCUGCGGCGGCAGCGGCUCCGGCUCCCUUGCAGCUCCCGGCCGCCUCCGAAGGGAUGCUGGAGAAACUAGAGCUCGAAGAUGAAGCACUUGAAGAAUCGGAAAGUGACAUUUAUGUGCGAUUCAUGAGGUCACACAAGUGUUAUGACAUUGUUCCAACGAGCUCUAAGCUUGUUGUUUUCGACACUACGCUACAAGUAAAGAAAGCUUUUUUUGCCUUGGUGGCAAACGGUGUGAGAGCAGCUCCACUGUGGGAGAGUAAAAAACAGAGUUUUGUAGGAAUGUUAACAAUUACAGAUUUCAUUAACAUACUGCAUAGAUACUAUAAGUCUCCUAUGGUUCAGAUUUAUGAAUUGGAGGAGCACAAGAUAGAAACCUGGAGGGAGCUUUAUUUACAAGAGACUUUUAAACCUUUAGUGAACAUCUCCCCAGAUGCAAGCCUUUUUGAUGCUGUAUAUUCGUUGAUCAAAAACAAAAUCCACAGAUUGCCAGUUAUAGAUCCAGUCAGUGGAAAUGCACUUUAUAUACUUACCCAUAAAAGAAUCCUCAAGUUCCUCCAGCUUUUUAUGUCAGAGAUGCCAAAGCCUGCCUUUAUGAAGAAGAAUCUGGAUGAACUUGGAAUAGGAACUUAUCACAACAUUGCCUUCAUACAUCCAGACACUCCUAUCAUUAAAGCCUUGAAUAUCUUUGUGGAGCGAAGGAUAUCGGCCCUGCCUGUGGUGGAUGAGUCAGGAAAAGUUGUAGAUAUUUAUUCCAAAUUUGAUGUAAUAAAUCUUGCUGCUGAAAAAACGUAUAAUAACUUAGAUAUCACAGUGACACAAGCCCUGCAGCACCGCUCUCAGUAUUUUGAAGGUGUUGUAAAGUGCAGUAUGCUGGAAACACUGGAGACUAUUGUGGAUAGAAUAGUGAAGGCUGAGGUUCAUCGUUUGGUGGUGGUGAAUGAAGCUGAUAGCAUUGUGGGGAUCAUCUCCCUCUCUGACAUCCUACAAGCUCUGGUACUCACACCUGCAGGUGCCAAACAAAAGGAGAACGAGAGUGAAUGACUGCUGUGAAUGUAAACAUUUGUAGGAGAACUUGAACAGAGUUUCUGGGUCGUUUGUCUCAAGAGCAGUGACUGCAGUGGAACAGAGCAGGAUGGCUGAGAAUGUGUUUUGGGACUUAGUGAUGGAUGAUGAGUCUCUUCCCCCCAGUGAUGUCGCAAAAAAAGCAGCAUGACAAAAGCUUAUGUUAAAAUGUAGGCUCGUAUUUCUUCAAAAUGUCUUCAAAACAUUUGCUGGAAGACUUCACAUGAUGUCCUUCAUUAAAAUGCACUGUAUUCUGAAACUUUUUCAUUUUGUAUUUGACAGAAGUCACUGGUCAGCAAUGGAUAUAUGUGGCAUAAGGCAAGUGUAUGGCAUAUUCAUAUCAUAGUGCCUUAUGUCAAAAUACAGCAAUAUGUCAUCACUGUUGCCCAUCACUGUCAAAGGAAGUGUUGUGCUAAACGAGACACUGUAUUUGAAUGUGAAAGUCUUUAAACCUAAAACCAAAUCAGUUUCAGUUCUCAUUAGAUUUGUCAUAAAAGCUGUAAUUUGGGUAUCGGUAGACUUCUUUAAAACUUCAAUGACAGUUUUGUGUUCAAUGUUGCAUUCUGAACUGAAAUGUAAAACAAGACUGAUUUAAAAGCAGCUUUAUUUAUUUUUACUUUCAUGACAAUUUUUUACACAUCUUUGGUGGAUAGCUGAAAUUUCACCAUAUCCAUUAAUAAACUGUUGAUUGUUAUACAAACAAGUGGGAGAUUUUUCUCAUUAUUUAAAACUUUGGAGUUGCAGAAGCUGUGCCCUGUUCACCAGUCCGUUACUUGAGCUGAAGAUUUCGGAAGCAUGGAUUGAAAGUGCUCUGUCCUGUCAUACACAGGCACCACGGAGGAAAUGAGGUGCCAGAGGACAAUAUUUUCACCUGUAUUAAAGUGUAAAAUGAUGUUUGUACAACGAAAACCCAAAACUUUUUAUUGUAUAUGAUUUGUACAGAAGCGGAGGAGCGAGGAAAGCUGUGGGGUAUUUGCUAAUGUAAAUGUACUGUAAAGUUUGAAGAUGAGACUUUUAUAAUUGUAGAUUCUUGUAGAUGGAAGAAAUUAAACCCUACAACAUCA